AUGCAGAACGCAGACUAUGACUCAACCGACAACAAUUCCAAGGUUGUUGAGAAACUUGUGUUCUACAAUCUACAGUGUAUGAUGGGUAAUAACCUCGUUCAACUCGGCGAGAUCAGAUUAAAUAUGGCUAUGCAAGGAGAAGAUCGCGCCUUGGUGAACCCUAAUCUCCCGAUUUCAUCCGACAUAAGAGAACACCUCGGGUGA